AUGAAGUUUAGUAUACUCAGUUUCCUCAUUUUAUUCAUAUCAUACGCGUUUGCUGCACCAGCACCAGUUGGUGAGAACAAUGAUCCUCCAAUAACACAUUAUGUUUAUUUUGAUAUAGCUCAUGGUGAUGAAUUCAUGGGUACUGUUAAAAUAGGUUUAUUUGGUUCUGUUGUUCCUAAAACUGUUGAUAAUUUCUUUAUAUUAGCAACGGAAAUGGGGGAAAAUAAUAGAGGUUUUAAUAAUACCAUAUUCCAUAGAAUUAUAAAUGAUUUUAUGGUUCAAGGUGGUGAUUUUGCUACAGGGAGAGGUUUUGGUGGUUGGUCUAUUUAUGGUGAAAGAUUUGAAGAUGAAAAUUUUGAAUUAAAACAUGAUAAGGUUGGUAGAUUAUCAAUGGCAAAUGCCGGUAAGGAUACAAAUGGUUCACAAUUUUUCAUAACAACUGUGGUUACAAGUUGGUUAGAUGGUAAACAUGUUGUAUUUGGUCAAGUCCUGGAAGGUUUAAAUUUAAUUUUGGAAAAAAUUCAAAAAGUUAAAACUGAUCAAAAUGAUAAACCUGAAAUUGAUGUUAAAAUUAUAAAAUCUUAUGGUGAAAGAAAUAAUUUAAUUACUGACGAUCAAAUUGAAUCUUAUAAAGAAAAAUCUGAUCCUGAAGUUUCCAAUAAUAAGUUUGGUGUGGUAUUUAUUGCUUUAAUCUUACUUGUUGUUAUUUAUGCUGGUGUUAAAUAUUAUCAAAAAGAACCAAGAUAUGCUUCAAUGAAAGAUUCUGAAGAUUAA